CCUUACGUCACCUUUGAUGAGUUAUCUCUCGGCCUAAACCCGCAGCAUGUUGUUGGACGUGUUAUCAGAUCGUGGGAAGUGCGUAGUGAAAACAAUCGACACCAAUUCAUCGGAAUCUCUAUGGUCAUGCUUGAUGAAAAGAAAUCUACAAUCCAUUAUUUCAUACCAUCACCACUUGCCCAAAAACACCUCUCCACUUUAAGGGAGGGGACUAUUUUCCAACUUGGUGGGUUUGAAGUCAAACCGUGCACUACACACCACAAAAUCACAGAUCAUCCAUUUGUCAUCAAAUUCCUUGACCAAACAACUUUUGUUGAUUUUCCCACAAACUGGAUUAAGAUCGGAAAAGACAAAUUCAGGAUUCACACACAUGACCAUUUACUUGCAUUUGCUAAUACCAACCUCGCUCUCCCAGAUAUUUUAGAGGACGUCAUUGUUUCUUUAUCAUUGUGGGGUCUUGCUGCUUCCAGAUUUCGUUCCUUGCUAUACGCACCAAUACAAGUCACACCAAUCGUAUUAGUAACCGAUGUCAACCCAACGAUUCUAGAUGGCUUCGAUGUAGGACUAAACCCCACUUUCACUGUUACCGACAUAACAUCAAAAGUACACAAAAAGGAGACAAUAACUAUUGGAAAACUAUGCGAGUUCACUGGCUUUCCAAUAAAACAGGACACCGAUUUCAUCUGCCAAGCUACAAUCGUCGAUGUUUUAUCCACCUACGGCUGGAACCACAUGACUUGCACUGCUUGUGUAGGUGAACUUCAGGCUCAUGAAAAUUCUCUUCUCUGCGUUCAGUGCCAACUAUCCAAUCCAUACAGAGAUGAUAGGUUUCAUGUUGCGUUUGCAAUUCUUGACGGUAGCUACGUUGCAACAUUUCUUGUCUCCGACAAGGAGUUGAGGAAUUUACUUCCUCCACAUAAGUUUGAAGAAUUACGUGGAAAGGUCAAAGAAGAAAUAUUCCCGGACUUGAUUAACUCAAUCGAUGACCUCCUUGGAAACACACUUAUUUUUCAUAUCAAGGUCACCGCGUACAAUCAUUCAGCAAAGAAUCGCAGUUUCACGGUUGCAAAAAUAUCUAACGAUAUGGGUCACGUACAGCCGAAUUUCUCGACGGUCACCAUCCGACAGAACGAAGUAGCUGGUACAACAAAUUACAAGUUCGACAAUUGUACGGGUGCAGGAGGAUCGUCCUUUACCAUUCCUGCCUUUAAUACUACUACGCACAAGAAGCACUAUACU